AUGGAUAGUUUCGUGAAUAAAGAUGCCGAUUUGAACAGUGCAAAAGCUGAGGCUUUAGCAAAUGCCAGUAGAUCAGUUGCAGGCUAUUUACAGGUUCGUAUAUUGCCAUGAAACUGUUCAUUGUAUAGCUUUAUUCGAUGCUGUAUAAUAUGCGUUUGUUUUGAUGGUUCCUGGUAGGAUUAAAUUGUCAGGGUGCAGCAGAUGGUCACUGGUCAAUUUCAGAAAAGUUAUGAUGCAAGGAAAUUAAAUUAUAUUUGAUAACUGCUGAUUGACCAGUCCAUCUGCUGCAUGGUGAUAUUUAAAAUCCUUCAAAUGGCAAUAAUUUAAAAUAAUUUGUUAAUGACUUAAGAUUUGACUAGCUUGGAUGUCGAGAGUUUGAGGAAGACAUACUUGACAAUUUUCGCCCGUCUGCACAUUAUCUUGCACAUCAUUGGUGGUUGCUCAAUCCGUCUUCCCAUUAUAGAUUCAUGUCUCUCUGUAUAUGAAUACUAAUCCUUACCCUGCCCGGACAAAACAGUGAGACAUGAAACUAUAUCCCUCCACUAUUCUUCCGCCUUUGAUUCAGAAUGAUGUUCACAACAAAUUUUACCAACGUCUUUGUCGUUGUACUUUGUAUUUAACCCAUUAAGUACCAGCGCUCUCCCCUUGAUGAGUAAAAUAAUAAAGUACUAGGGUGCAUCAGGGCACAAUGUGACUCAACAGGUUAACUAGACACAUUGGCAGAUAUAGGCCAGUUAACCCAUUAAGCGGCAGCACUCUCCCCUUAAGAGUAAUAUCAUCUGGCAUUAGACAGAGUAAAAUAAUAAAGUAGGGUGCAUUUUGAUUCAACGGGUUAUGAUAGGGCCAAGGUUUGGAUUAGAGCGAGAUUUGAGAUUAGCCUAAUAAGAGUCAGGAUUUGGAUGAUUAGAGUCAAGGUUAGGGCCAGGUUUAGAAUUAAGGUCAGAUUUAGCUCAAUGAUUAUGAUUAACUGGAUUAGGUUUACGAUUAACCAGUCUGGAUUUGUGUCUGGGUUUGGAUAGGGAUUAGGAUUAGAUCAAGCGACUAAAACAUUGAGGAUGCGUGGAUUUAAUUAACAAUGUGUGUGUAUUUAUAAUUAAUAUUUCAGCAUCCAGACCAGCUUGAUAAAGUUGAACAAUAUCGACGUCGGGUUAUGAGAAACAAGGUACAAGAAAAAUAUUCAUGUUUUGAAUUGAUUAGUUUUCAUGGAAAGCAUGAUUAUUUUUUUGCAAAAUGUUACUAUUGAAAUUUGUUUCCUUCAAACAAAACUGUCUCAAAUUUCACAUCAGGCGUCUGUCGAAGCUCGUCUUAAAAAUGCAGUACAAUCACAACUGGACGACGUUCGAUCAGGCUUACAUCAACUUCAAAGGUAAAAGUGGUAUAUUGUAACAACAAGGUCCGACACUUUGUGAAUUAUUGUGUGUUGAGCACAUAACUAUAGUUUUGCCUGCAUACAUAUCAAUUAGGGUGAGGCAGUUUUUCAGUAAACCGAAAUCGAAAAAUACGAUGUUUUUGGAAAAUUGAAAUACUCAAUGUUACUUCUGGAGAAAAACCGGGGAAAACGAAAAAGAUGAAAAAUUUUGUUUGAAAUUUGAUAACGUCUUCAAAAUACCUUACGUUUAAUUUGUUGCGUGAGUACUGAGUAGCGUGGUGUGUCUUUUUACCGUAGUUUCGAUUUUUUGGUUGGUUUUCGUUUUUUUUGUAGAAACUACCUCACGCUAAUAUUAAUUCAUUUUCCAAUCUUUUUAUUUUCUUUAGCGCACUACAGGAUGUGAAACAUGUCAAGAAAAAGUAAGCUAGUUCUAUUACUGCAAUAAUGAAUGGUGCUACUUAGCAGAAGAAGGAUUGCAUCCUAAUACUUCAAAUUUGUUAAUGGGACUCUUUUAAAUUUCUCUCACAAAUUGUAGCAUGAAUGAAGUUGAUGAGAUAUUUCGAUCUUGCACCCACCUUGGAGAGGAACUGGAUGAGAUUAAACACUGUCACACUAAACACAGCGAGGUAAAGUUGGUAAAUUUUUUCUCAAGUUUCUGGACACCUGUAGUAACACUGGAUCAAUAAGAGAUGAUCUUUACUGAAACUCUAGGGAGAACAGUUUAGAACUGAUAGAGCUAUCCAGCAUAAAUAAAGUUAGUUUAGUUUAGGUUUCCUCCUGUAGUAACACUGGGUCAAUAAGAGAUGAUCCUUACUGAACCUCUAGGAAGAACAGUUUAGAACUGAUAGAGCUAUCCAGUAUAAGUAAAAUUAGUUUAGUUUAGGUUUCCUCCUGUAGUAACACUGGAUCAGUAAGAGAUGAUCUUUACUGAAACUCUAGGGAGAACAGUUUAGAACUGAUAGAACUAAAUAAAGUUAGUUUAGUUUAGGUUUCCUCCUGUAGUAACACUGGAUCAAUAAGAGAUGAUCCUUACUGAACAUCUUGGGAGAACAGUUUAGAACUGAUAGAGCUAUCCAGUAUAAAUAAAGUUAGUUUAGUUUAGGUUUCCUCCUGUAGUAACACUGGAUCAAUAAUUGUCUAGGCAGCCAAAGCAUGUCAACAUUUAAAUCAAAUCUUUGGAGUUCCAUCAACAGUUGUUUAUACAGAAGAAUGCAUUGAGAAUGGAAAACUUCUUGAAGCGCAUCAAAAGUAUGUCAUAGUUCUAUCAUGAAUUAAACUUGCAGAAAUAGAACAACAUUUAAUAUCAAAGUUUAUGUGAUCCAUUACCAGAUUUUGGUGGAAAUAGUGGGGGAAGGGAUAAAUAUCAAAAUCUGGCCGUGAUGUGAUCACAGCAGUGGCGUCAUGGGACCUAUGUUUUUUGGGGGGCCAAAGGGCAGUACUUUUCCAACAAACCAAAAAAUUUUCCGGACAACAUUUUAAAUCUUCAUCCCCCCCGUCAACAACUUUGACAAUUUCUGCCAUGCCCCCCCCCUGGCCCCCAGGCCACGGCGCCACUGGAUCACAGUAGGAAUUUUGCAUAGGUAUCAGUAAAUUGAUUGACUAACUCAGUGACAGUGUUUAACACUGAGUCAGUUUCCUCAGACAUUUCUUACAAAUUUUCAAAACUUAGAAUUUACCUAGACGCACAAUUCCUCCUGUGAUUACAGAAACUUUGAAAGUGUAAAACAGCCCAAGGUUGAAGCAAUACAGUACAGAAACAGCGCUACUUUAAUGUUUCGUCCUAAAAGUAAAACCAUGUUUUCAAUGCGUCGUAGGUUAUCCGAACUGGAAGCAACAAGAGACGAAGUUUUGUUGGAAGUUCACAAAAUGGAGAAAACAAAUUCAACGUCAAAGAAAGAAGCGCAUGUUUGUGAUCGAUUUUGUUUAUUUUGGGUUAAUUAUGUGCAGAUUGUCGUAGUUUUAGACUUUUGGUCUAUUUAGUCUGCUUACAUAGUGUGUAUCUUAAUUUUUUCUUUUUCAGCUUGUGGAGGCAUAUUUCGCAGGAAUCGAAGUUUGUUCGGUACGGUUUGAGAUUUUCCAAGAAUUGUGUGUUUGAAAUCUGUAACAAACGAUUUUAUAAGAUCGUCCAGGCCACCCAGAGGGGGGACGAAAGCGCCAAUUUGCCCUGGGCCCCAUGCUUCAGGGCCCCCAAAUCAAAAUGAAUAUUCCUGUGUGUUGGGGAGGGGGGUGUUCUGGGCGGCUCUGAAUGUUGUUUAUACUUUAUUAUGUUUUAAUACAACAUUAUUUUCUGAAUAGUGAUGAACUAGGAACGAUGCUCUAGCCUAGAUUUUAACAUAGUUUGGAAAGUAAAUAUGUUCCCAAAAAGAGAUUCAACGUAAAAAUUUAGUUAAUUAUGGAAUGGGUAUUACGUUGCUACCAUGAUGAAAUCGAUGCGGUGCUCGUUUCCUUUGUGUUGUCCUCAUGAAUUACAAGUAAAAGCAACGUAAAUUGUGUUUUCUUUGCGUUCAGAAAAAGCUUGCGAAACAGUUGGUUGUGAUCUUGGAGAGAAUCUUAAGUACUGUAAGAGUUGACCCUGCAAAGCUCGUGACUGUUCUAAGAAUUGUAGAACGCGAGGAAAGGUUAGCGGAAACAUUCUUAAAUCUCGUAAGUGGGGGAUGCUAAUCAUCCUUACUUGCAGCUGAGAGCUAAGCUCAAUGGACCAUUUGCAUUAUAGACUAAAUUUUGAUCUAGACAAAAAUUUCAUCACAGCUUGAAAGAGCAUCACAAAAUUAGUAAUAUUCCAAAGUUUCGUUGCGAAAUGUUGUAAAAUGUGGAUAAUAUAGCCAUGCGAAGUUUGCCGUUUUUUCAGUCAUUUUAUAAUGCAAAUGGUCCAUUGCGAAGGACGCAGCUCAACCUGAUCGAGUCGAAAGCUUUCUAAGGUCGCCUCUGGCAGCCACCUUAUGACUCAUGUCUGAUCACAGAGUACAGCUACGGUGGAAGAGUCAGUUAGGGGAUAAUCCCAACCCACCCUGUCAACUUUCCCUGUGGGAGGAAACCGGAGCACUCGGAGACAACCCACGACUUUCGACAGAGCGUUGACUUACACUUUACACAUGAGUCCGUAGCGAGAAUCCAACCCACGAUCUCUGACGACUGUGCCACCGAUGCCUGGUAUAUAGAAGCUAUCUUAUUGUACUGUAUAUGACGUUUAUGAGUUCACUACCUAACGACAAUGUAAGUAAAUAUUAAAGGCUCUCUUGACAUGCUCAUCGGACAUGUUCUUUAUUUGCAGAGCUGACAAACGCGCUGAGGAACGGCGGCUUAGAACGGGAUUCAAUCCUCCUGAAAGGCCAAAAAGUUUAAGAGCGAAAUUAUAUGAAACUCUAGAAACGUCGGUAGACCACAGGUACAAUAUCAUUGUAGUAUGCGUGGCUUUCACUAUAUCGUACAACAGAUGGUGGUCAACAGGGCUCGAAGUAGAGAAAAAAUAUGGCCUGCCAGUCUAAAAAUUUUUGGCAGGUGAAAUAAAUUUUAGCCUGCCAUUUUUAUUCAUUGAACUGCCAAAAUGGCGAUGUCUCGUAGGAGUCAUAUUGUAAAAAUCAAUGUUUUCAUGAUCUGCAUUUUUAUUAUUUUUAAACUUGUCUAUUUUACUACAGUAAACGUGGAUUUACAUUUUAUAUCUAUAAAAUUUCACCUGCCAUUUUUUUUUACUUGGCAGUUGAAAAUUGUUUUUGCCUGCCAUAAUUUCUAAGAUAUGGCCUGCUUUUGGCCAUUGGCAGCCCGCUAUUUCGAGCCCUGAUGGUCAAUCUGUAGCUAUUAGAGCGAGAAAAUAAUCAGUUAAUCAUUUUCAUUGUAUGUACAGUUACGUAGUAGUCUUAAGCCUGGGUUGCACUAUCAAAGUUUCUGUGAUCACAGUAAGAAUUUUUCACAGCUAAAUUCCAAGGUUUAAAGGAUUUGUAAGGAAUGUUUGAGGCAACUGAGUAACGCCUGUAUUCUAAAAGCACUCAAUGAGUGGAGGUUCAAUCUGAGCUUCCCUUGAGUGUCAAUGCUGUUUUUGAAUAGCUGGAGGGUGAGCAGUCACAUAGUAAGGUAUGACACUAACCCUCCAGCUAUUCAAAAACAGCAAUGACACUAGAGAGAAGCUCAAAAUGAACCUCCACACUCAAUCUCCACUCAUUGAGUGUGAGUGAGCUUUUAGAAUACAGGCGUAAGUAAUAAGUUCUUUGUAUGCGUAAGUGUUGUGAAGGGAACUCAAACAUUUCUUACAAAUUCUUCAAAAUAUUUACUUGUGCAAAAUUUUUACUGUGAUCGCAGAAACUUUGAUAGUGUGUAAACCAGACUUUAUUUAAUUUUUUUUAAUUUAUAAACUUUACAAUCAACAAAACGAUUGAAGGUACAGACAACAGGACUGAGGAGUCCCAAAUCAAGUCCUACCUACACAUUACACUGACAUUGUAAAACAAUAGAGACAGGUUACAACUUUAACAAAGCUACAAUACAAAAUUACAACACACGAUCAAUGCGUUCCAACCCAUCUUUACACUUUCCAAAGUUAAUAUGGUUUGGAAAAUGAUCAAGUUAGAAAAAAAAAUUAUACAUAUAGAUGAGUCAACAUUGUGCAGCACAGACAGGCUGUACAGUAAACAUCCUAAACAUGCAUGUGCUCCAAACUGUUCCUGCAUUUUCCAAAGAUAGGAUUCCAGAACAUAGACUGCCCGGGUGUUUUUUUAUCUGGGUGUUUAAUUUAAUUUAUUCAAACAGACUGAAGCAAAGACAUUUUGGAAAUGCAAAGACAGCUUGGAGCGCUCUCAACUAUCAUGAACAACAAGUAAUAGAAAAGGACGUACUUUAUAUUUGCAUCGUGGCAAAUAAAUAGAAUUCCCACACAGAUGUAGUUUAAAUUUCUUGUUUAAAGUAUCAUGAUACGUAUCUCUGAAGUUGACUACCAUUUGCUGUUCCGUAACGCUUGCUAAAACUGACAGAUAAUUUUUCUAGAUUUGAAAGUUUGCAAAUCAAACUAGAAGAACGCGCGCAAGAUAAAAUGUGGUUGGUGAAACAUUUGGAGAGAACCCGACAGACGAUGGUGGAAGAUUUGAUUGUCAUUAAGGUGCGGUGAGCCUCGAAUCUUUGCAGGCGCGAAAUAACUGCCGGUCAACGGACAAUGUCCGGCCAGAAUGCGGAGUUGCCCGGUCAAAUUCUUACCUUGCCGCUCAUUUUCGCUUUCGGUAAAAGAACAAUUUAAUCUUCAUUUUAAUUAAUAAUCAAAAUAAAGUUGUCAAGUUGAUAACCAAGUUCUACCAUUUGAAAAGGGAGUUCUGCUAUUUGAAAAGGGUUUUUUGGCAUUUGAAAAGGAGUUUUGGCAUUUGAAAAGGGAGUUCUGGCAUUUGAAAAGAGUGUUCUGCUAUUUGAAAAGGGAGUUCUGCUAUUUGAAAAAGGAGUUCUGCUGUUUGAAAAGGGAGCAGUAGUCUGCUAUUUGAAAAGGGAGUUCUGCUGUUUGAAAAGGGGGUUUUGCCAUUUGAAAAGGGAGUUUUGCAUUUGAAAAGGGAGUUCUGCUAUUUGAAAAGGGAGUUCUGCUAUUUGAAAAGGGAGUUCUGCUAUUUGAAAAGGGAGUUCUGUUUUUUGAAAAGGGAGUUCUGCUAUUUGAAAAGGGAGUUUUGCUAUUUGAAAAGGGAGUUCUGCUUUUUGAAAAGGGAGUUCUGCUAUUUGAAAAGGGAGUUCUGCUAUUUGAAAAGGGAGUUCUGCUAUUUGAAAAGGGAGUUCUGCUAUUUGAAAAGGGAGUUCUGCUAUUUGAAAAAAGAGUUCUGCUAUUUGAAAAUGGAGUUCGGCUAUUUGAAAAUUGAGUUUUGUCAUUUGAAAAGGGAACUAUAUAUUGCAGGAAUGGAACCUCAGUCAGUCACAGAGAUGAGAGACACAUACUGUACACUACAUGUAACUUUUCUCUUUUAUUUAGACAUCAGGUCAGCCAUGUUUUCCUCCAAGUUACAACAUCUUUGAUAAAUAUGUGAAAAUGUACCACAAAGAAUUAUCUAAAAUGGCAAGUACACUAAACAGUUGUGACAGUAUUUUGGUAGUGUUGGUGUUUUUGUCGUCCUUCUUCACCGUGUUGUUUGGAUUUUUAGUUGGAAGAUCUGGUGUGCAUGCAAGCUCUUGAGUCAGAUGAAUGUGUCAGUAUUUUGACGUGGUUGACAGAAUACGAGUAAGUUUGACUGUAAAUAUUAAGGCUGGUUAAAGGAUGGAACAACCUAUCGAGAGAAAGACUCAGACCUGGAGAACACUGCAUGAUCUUGGGAUCCUGACGAGCAUUCGCCUUCACUACACCAAAAGAAUAACACUUUUGAAAUUUACAUUAUUUUCAGAAGCAUUUUCAAUGUGUCAGAAUCUUGGGAAAUCAUUGUAUAAUACUUCUUUAUCUGUCGUUUGAGACGUGUAUUGUAAAUACAGUCAAGUAUACUUUGUUGCUUUUUUCAGUGGUCAAGAUCUUAUGAUGCAUCCAGAGUUACAAAUUGACGCUCAUACUCUGGAUCCACUGCUAAAACCACAUAUCCUCAAAGCCUUGAAAGAUACGUAAGUGAUCCAGUCUAACAUUUAUAGUGGAGCUCAAUCAGUUCUAAACUUUUCUCGCUAGAGGUCCAGUAAGGAUCAUCUCUUAUUGGUCCAGUGUUACUACAGGAGGAAACCUAAACUAAACUAACUUUAUUUAUACUGGAUAGCUCUAUCAGCUCCAAACGUUUCCUUCCUAGAGGUCCAGUAAGGAUCAUCUCUUAUUGGUCCAGUGUUACUACAGGAGGAAACCUAAACUAAACUAACUUUAGUUAUACUGGAUAGCUCAAUCAGUUCUAAACUGUUCUUCCUAGAGGUCCAGUAAAGAUUAUCUCUUAUUGUUCCAGUGUUACUACAGGAGGAAACCUAAAAAAACCAUUGAUAUUUCAAUAGAUAUUUCACGGCAACUUCAAAGAAUAUCAAAGAAUGGAUGAACAGACUAGCACAAACAGAUAUGAAGGUACAAACCCAAUCUUUUAACGCAUUUGGAUAACUCACAACGUAGAUACCACUGUUCUGAUAAUGUAAGCAUAGAAUACAACAAAGGUAACCAAGUAUUUAAAUUAUAUAUCUGGGUUAGUCAAAUCGCAUCCGAGCUUCGCUGUUUUUUCUUUAGGACUGGCACGAGUCUUCAUUGCCUGACAGUGAUGGUGAAGGUUACUUUAUCACACCACUUCCGGUGUUUUUGUUUCAAAUGGUGGACCAGAAUGUAAGAUAUAAUGAAAAUAUUUUUAAUAAUACUUCAUUCACGUCAGAAAAACAGUGACAAUAUAUUAUUGUUUUAGAUUCAAGUUGGUGCCCAAGCCGGCGAAGAAUGUCAGAUAAUUGUAAGUGGACAGUAUUUUCUUUGCAUUUGGCGGUCUGAAGAUGAAUUUGAGGGCAGUAAUAUCUAUGUUUAGGUGUUAAAAACAUGUAUUGAGGCUAUGCAAGAAUUUCAAAGGAAAUAUAGAGGUGAGUGUAAAGUAUUAACAUUGUAGAGUGACUAGAGUCAACCUGGAUUUCCUCUGGGCUCUUCUCGCUUGUGAUUGAGGAAAUGCAACCUUGGGACGUGGUGGGGCUCAAAAUAGUGUUCCAUGGUACGACAUUCCAUAGUGACCGAAAAUCAAUCUCGUUCCCAGAACCAAAAUGUGACCGGUCACGUGGACUAAUGUCGAACACAUUUCACUGGUCAUGUUGGUCUUUGACCUUUGACUGGCCGUUAUUUUGAACCCUGAGAGGUGCAUGUACUACUAUUCACUCAGCCGCCAACAUCCGAACUACAAUGAACUUGGAGAAUUCAUCUUGUUGUCCGUUGUUUCCAGAGGCUGUGCGAACAUAUAAAAAGGAACAUUCGGAAGACAGAAAUGAACCACAGUACUUCAUUCAGUUUGUAGUGAGUAAAGGAUAAACGUUUUCCAUUUGACCUUGCUGCAUUUUGCCGUGUUGGACACAGUGUUGUUUAUGCACUUAUCUAUUCUUCGUGUCUUUUCACUUUCCACAGGUCGCUAUUGCGAACAACUGCCUGAAGUGUGCUGAGUUCACUACAGAGCUCAAGGUAAACAACUGGACUAAGGGACCGGUCAUUAUUUAUGGUGGGGGGUGGCACCGAAGAGAAAUGUUUUUCGUGGUAAAAAUUUUGCUGACCCAACCAUUAAAAAGAUUUAAUAAAUGAUUACCCAACCUCAAAUAUAAAUUGAAAAAUAAUUACCCACGCCUGGCCAAAAACUUUACAAAAGGAUACCAUUCAGUUGUCACACAUGUCUUUUACCACUUCUAUGACAUAAGUUUGAUAACGGCUUGUGAAAUUUUCUGCAGUCUAAAGUUUCAUGUUGUCUGCACAUGCACUUUCUUUGAAAACACCAUUUGUUUUGUCAAAAUGAUCAAGAUAGUGACUCUGAUUGAUUCACAUAUUGUAUUGACAAAUGACUGUUGACAUUGCUUUUCAGUCUCCAAUAUUUCAGUGGGUCAUGCUUUGGAAAUGACAAUAAAUUUUUAUUACCCAACCCUUGAGUUGUUUUGUUUUUCAUUUACCCAACCUUUUACUCACUCAAGAUUUUGUUUACCCAACCUUUUUCUCUUCGGUGCCACCCCCCGUCAUAAAUAAUGACCGGUCCCUAAACUCACUAAAUUUAUUUAUACUGGAUAACUCUAUCAGUUGUUCUCCCUAAAGCUCCAGUAAAGGUCAUCUCUUUUUGAUACUGUGUUACUACAGGAGAAACCUAAACUAAACUAACUUUAUUUAUACUGGAUAGCUCUAUCAGUUCUAACUUUUCUCCCUAGAGGUCCAGUAAGGAUCAUCUCUUAUUGAUCGAGUGUUACUACAGGAGGAAACCUAAACUAAACUAACUUUAUUUAUACUGGACAGCUCUAUCAGUUCUAAACUGUUCUUCCUAGAGGUCCGGUAAGGAUCAUCUCUUAUUGAUCCAGUGUUACUACAGGAGGAAACCUAAACUAAACUAACUUUAUUUAUACUAGAUAGCUUUAUCAGUUCUAAACUGUUCUUCCUAGAGGUCCAGUAAGGAUCAUCUCUUAUUGAUCCAGUGUUACUACAGGAGGAAACCUAAACUAAACUAACUUUAUUUAUACUGGACAGCUCUAUCAGUUCUGAACUUUUUUCCCUAGAGGCCGGCCAGUAAGGAUCAUCACUUAUUGAUCCAGUGUUACCAAGGCAAUAUUCAGAUGGUGAAAUUAUAAACAGAUGAAAGGAGCAUUCACCAACCACUUCGCCAACAACACCUCAAUUUAUUUUUUGACUGUAUGUCUGAUUUGUAGGAUCGAAUGAUGAACGAACUACAAGCGGGAAAGUUUGGAGAAGAUCAACAGCAAAUAUUUAAAAGUCUUUAUGAUUAUUUCCACCAAAUGGCGGAGGAAUGGUGAGACUGUAUUCCUCUAUCAGUUCUUGCCUUGUCAACGGUCCAGUUAUAGGCUCAUCUCACCAAGACAAAAUCUACAGUAUCUUGAUUGGUGGAGUCAAAUUUGAAGCACCCUUCUCGCAUGCAGCUGAGAUGAAAUUUAUAAUCAGACAACCGCAUUUUGUAGGAAUCAAUUCUUUUACAGAGCCACACACACUAACCAUUUUGCACUCAUUAAUUUGUAUUUCAGUUGUAAUAUCUUACUGGAUGAAGUAUUCCUGGAUACUGAGGAUCAUUUUAAGAGAAUUUUAACCCGCAACGACUGGUAAGGAAACAGAUGACAGCUCAUAUAUCUUGCAAAGUAUGUACAAUAACCAAAUGUAUGCAAACUUUUUCUGCCAGGUACAAGGGUUCAGUUCAUGUUGAAACAAUUCUCGCAACAGUCGAAGACUACAACAAUGAUUUUACACACGUUAUGCCCGAGUAAGUCUUGAGGUUUAAAUUUUAACUUUCCCCCGACUAAACUAUACUCCAGGGUGAAGUAUUAUCUUGAUUUCAGGCAUCAUGGGAUUAUUUUAUCUUCCUGUUUGGAUCGCGUCAUAGUUGAAUACAUCAGAGCUAUGACUGAAAGGUAUUUACAAAAUUUACUGAACUGCCAUACCAUAUAGUAUCAUAUCAUCUAAAACCGAGUGUUGCCUAAAUUAUACGUAAAGCAGAAGUGAUUUACUAUAAAACGAAUGCUUAUAAGUAAGCCACAAGCGAGAUAUCCCAGACGCAUGUAGAGGUCCUAUUACCUAUCACAAAGUUAAAAUAAAUCCGCAAUAAAUCACGUAAAUUAAACGAAAGUCAGAAAGUAACGAAAUACUUCGCCACAAAAUGAGAAUAACGAAGUAAAACGUUACUUCUUAAAACGACUUCGUUCCAAGUAAAAAUACUCCAGAAAAAGUUUACUUUGUUACAUGCUGACUUCUUAAAAAUAGUAGUCAAGUACAGUAACGAAGUACAUUCACUUCUUUAGGCGCAUGAAGUUCAAGGGUUAUGGCGAACGCAAAAAUGCAGCAGAACAGAUCAAUAAAGAAACGGGGAAAAUUACUGAGACUUUUAAAAAGCUUGGUGUUGAUCCUGACAAGGUGACAGAAAAGUGCGCAGUGAUCCCCAUGUUGUCAGAAAUAAUCAAAUUAAAAAGCGCCGAGCUUCUUUCUUUGGAAAUAUCUGUAAGUACCACAUGACCUGUUGCCUUUGAACGCGCGCUACUUUGUUAUCAUACUCUGUCUAACGCCAUUUGAUUUUACUUGUCAAAGAAAAAGUUGUUUGUUAAAUGCGUGGUUCUCCUCUGCCUAGGGAUUGGCAACAAAGUACAAGGAUUUCACGAGUGACCACGCCAUGGCUUUACUUGCCAUGAGAGAGGACAUUGGCAGAGGAAAUAUUAACGAAGUAAGUCUUCUAAAAAUUUGUUAGGGAAGGGUAGCAGAUAUAGUUGUCUGCCUAUAUUGUUGUAGGCAAGUUGUGUGCUUGAUGUACACAGUACAACUCAAGUUGUAAGAAGGUUGCAUGCGACAGUAUUGGGCAAUUUAGUACAUACUACAUAGAGCAAGCUUUUCUACAGAUAAUCAUUCAGUAACUUAGCUUAACAGAACAAGGGGCACAAUGGACGAAAUUUUUAUCUAGACUAGAAGAACGAAAUACAUUACCAUAGCUGAAAAGAAUCAUUUUUGAGCCGAAAGUGGUUAUUUUUACCGCGCGUAAUAGAAAUAUAAACAAAAUUUGCGAACUUCAAAGUCUAUAUUUUCUUCAUUUUACAACAUUUAGCAACCAAUUUUUGCAGUUUUACUCAUUCUAAGACGCUCUUUCUAGCUGUGGUGUUGGAUUUCGUUCUUUUUGCCUUGAUCAAAAUUUAGUCUUAUAGCUGGAAUUACCAUUGUAUACGCUGACACAAUCAUGUUUUCUUUCAGAUACUAGCGAACUCAGAUUUGAGCUCGCGAGCAGAAGAUUCGCAAAAGGAAGAAGGAAUCUUCAGCCAUAUUCAAAUUGCCGCGAGCUCAUUAUGGGAUAAGUUGAACAAAUAG